AUGCACUCCAUGGAAAACGUUUUCUCUCUCCCUGUAGCCGCCAGGGCUGAUUUUAUCCAAUUUCUGGUGCAGUCUUUUGGUUGCAGUUAUAUUUGUCUAUGGGCAUGUGAUUCCAUUUCACCCAAUCGUUUGUGCUUCUUGGAUGGUAUCUACAAUGUAAGAAACAACCAACCAAGCUCUAGUUUGGGGACUGUGGCAGAACAACUUUUCAGUCAGUUCCGGACUUUAACAUUUGAUGUUAAUGAUGACCGUGUUCCUGGACUAGCUUUUAGGAACCAUCAUCCCUAUCUAGAGCUGCAACAAUUGGAACUUCUGAGACUAGCAUCAACAGAUAUACAAACACAAUUCUUUCAGACUGCUGUUUUCAUGGGGUGUAACAAAGGAGAAAUUGAGCUUGGUUUCUUAAAUAUGUCCCAAGUUGACAUUCAAACAGCACUUAGGAGUUUGUUUCCUGAGGAUUUUUCUACUAGACAGUCCCAGCAAAUUGAUCAAAACCCUCCUACAUCAUCUUCAUCUUCUUUGAGAUCAAUAUCCACAGGUAGCCCUGAAUACUCGUCUCUUCUGUUCAGUAUUCCAGGCACUUCUCAAUCCCACUUUCCUGAGACCCUUGGAGGAGCAAGAGUGCCCCCAAUGCAGCCAGUGCCAAACACAGCCACCAGUCCUCACCAACAAGCCAUUCAAGCAUUGGCACAACCCUCUCUAACCCAAUUCCCCACACCAGAAAGUGAACAGGAUGCAAUCAUGAGAGCAAUUCUCCACGUUAUAUCUCCAACUUCUCAACAGCACCAAAACUUGCCUUUUGCUCCUGUGGUGCAUCCGGAAGCUAGUGCUUUCAAGAGGUAUAGAUCUGACAUUGGUCCUCAUAUGGCUUCCAAUUUCAGAAGGCAAAGCCUCAUGAAUAGAUCCUUAGCAUUCUUCAGAAAGUUAAAUUUUAUGAGAAUGAGAGAACGCAUUCAAGCAACGUCCCGUCCCACUAAUACCCAGCUGCAUCAUAUGAUAUCAGAGAGAAGAAGGCGUGAGAAACUAAACGAGAAUUUCCAAGCACUUAGAGCACUACUUCCUCCUGGAACAAAGAAAGACAAAGCGUCUAUACUAAUAGCAGCAAAGGAGACACUGAGCUCUCUUAUGGCUGAAGUUGAUCAACUAAGCAAAAGGAAUCAGGGUUUGACAUCACUUUUGCCACCCAAAGAAUCUUCAUCCGAAGAAACCAAGGCUACAGUAUCACCAAAUGAAGGAUUAAGUGUCCGAGUUUCACAUGUACCCGAAUCAAGCUCGUCACAAGAGCGAAUGGUGGACUUGCAUGUGAAUGUGAGAGGACAAGUUUCUCAAGUUGAUUUGUUAAUCUGCUUAUUGGAAUUCCUAAAACGAGAUCGCAACUUGAGCUUGGUUUCCAUGGACGCAAGCACCCACAUUGCAGAAGGGAAUAAUGUUCUUCGUCAACUAACCUUUAGAUUAAGGAUUAUUCAGGGAAGUGAAUGGGACCAGUGUGCCUUCGAGGAAGCAGUGAGAAGAGUGGUUGCUGACUUGGCACAGUACCAAGAAGACCAAUAA